ACCCCGCCCCGGCUGCUGGAUCAGUUCCUCCCUCUCCUGCAGCCAGAUUUGCCAGCCUGGAUGCCGGAUCACCGCAGAUAUUCUACCGCAACAGGUAAAUCACCAGGAACCAGGAGAGGAUAACAUGUAGCACACACUGGACACUACCGCUGUUGACCUUGCUUUUUCCCUCACCUUUUCUGGGAAGAUGUCUGAGAGCUAGCCAGCUGAGAAGAGGACUCACCUCUCUGCCUGCGCUCUCCACCUGCAGCCAUGGAUGGCGGAGCCAGUGUGUGGGCCAUUACUCCCGAGGAGAGGGGGAAACACGACAAACAGUUUGACUCCCUCGCCCCGGUCCUCGGCUAUGUCUCAGGAGAACAAGCUAGGAAAUUCUUCCUCCAGUCUGGCCUGCCUGCUCCUGUCCUGGCUGAAAUCUGGAACCUAGCCGACAUGGAGAGCGAUGGGAAGAUGGACAGACAGGAGUUCUCCAUCGCUAUGAAGCUGAUCAAACUCAAACUCCAGGGGCGAAACUUACCAUCUGUCCUGCCUAUCACAAUGAAGCAAACGCCCGUCUGCAAUGCUGCUCCAACUAUCCGCUCAUCUGCAGGUUUUGGAAUGGGUUCUAUGCCAAACCUGUCAAUUGGUCUGUCCUCCAUGUCAGCCAUGCCCCGCCUAACACCCAUCCCGGCUAACCCCUCCAUGCACUCCCUGCACUCCCUGCUGCCAACGCCAAUGACUCUGCCCCUCAUCAACAGCCUGGGGAACUGUGGACUCCCCAACGGCAAUAUCAACCUCCUCAGCCCACCGCUAGUUCCCAACAAUGCAGCGCUCCCUCUCUCUGGCUUCUCCUCUCCCAUGGCGUUCUCUCCAUCCACCGGCAUGUCAAAAGCCAACUCUCUUCUUGAUCUCGGAUCCAGCAGUUCAAAUUCGUCCUCCACCACUUCGUUGGCCAGCAACUCUCCGAAAACGGGUGCAAGUGACUGGGGCGUUCCGCAGGGCGCGAGACUCAAGUACCGCCAGCAGUUCAACACGCUGGACAAGCUCAUGAGUGGAUACUUAUCUGGCCCUCAGGUUAGAAAUGCGCUGAUUGCAUCCAACCUCACCCAGACUCAACUCGCCACCAUCUGGACUCUGGCAGAUGUGGAUAAAGACGGACAGCUCCAAGCUGAUGAGUUCAUUCUGGCCAUGCACCUGGUGGAAAUGGCUAAAACUGGCCGACCUUUACCCCUCACCCUGCCUCAAGACUUGGUACCUCCCUCUGUCAGAGGAGGAUUCCAGCCCAUUGAGCUUGUUAAUGGAACGGGGCCUCACAUAACUCCCUGUUUAAUCGACACGCUGGAGAUACUACCUUCACAAAAGAACAUAAACAAUGUGUCCUACGAGGACAGGCUGAAGGAGAACUUUGCAAGAGGCAGCGCCGAGCUGGAGAAACGUCGCCUGGCUCUGGAAGAGGGGCAGAGGAAGGAGCGAGAGAGGAGGGAUAGGGAGGAGAGGGAGGCGCAUGAGAGGAGGGAGAGGGAGGCGAGCGAGCAGGAGAACCGCAGGAGGCUGGAGGAGGAGAGGCGGAGAGAGAUGGAGAGGCAGAGGGAGGAGGAGAGGCUGAGAGAGCUGGAGAGGAUGGAGGCGGCGAAGCAGGAGAUGGAGCGCCAACGCAGAGAGGAGUGGGAGCGUGGGAAGAGAGAGGAACUGGGCAUGAGGAAAGAGGGAGAGCAGGAAGAGAUCUCCAGACUGAGGGCCAAAAAGAAGAGUCUGGAGUUGGAGCUGGAGGCUGUGGGCAACAAGCACAAGCAGAUCUCAGACUGUCUCCGUGACGCCAAGAGCAAGAGGCGGAUCCUGAAGGCAGAGGUGGACCUCGUCAAUCAGAAGAGAGACGCGCGCAUCAUCGAGAUCAACACGCUGCAGCUUCAGUUCGAGGACUGGCAGAAGAAGCUCUCCAUCCUGAUCCCAGAGCAGCAGAGGCUGACAGAGAAGCUGCGGAGCCUCAACCUCAACAAAAUCUCCUCCGUGACUCUGACCUCUGUGAGCGGGAGUGUGAACGAGAAAGGAGUGAAGUGCCGGAGGCUGAAGGACCAGCUUGACACUCUGGAGAGGGAGACAACCGACAAACUGGCCGAGAUGGAGCAGUACAACAAGGAGCUUAAGGAGCUGAGGGAGAAGCAGGCGAGGCAGCAGGCUGUCCUCGACGACCUGCACAGAGUCAAAGAGGAGAAAGUGAGGGCGCUUCAGAGGCGCAAGGAGGAGGAGAUGGAGAGGAAGAGGAGGGAGGAAGAAGAGGCAGCCAGACAGGCAAAGCUAGAUCAAGAGAGAAGAGAGCAGGAGCAGAUCAAGAAGGAGGAAGAGGAGGCGCGUCAAAGGAGGCUCCUGGAGGAGCAGAGGGCCCGGCAGAGGGAGGAGGAGGAGAGGGAAGCACAAGCUCGCCUCAGAGCAGCUCAGGAGAAAGCUCAGGAAGAGGAGAGAAGAAGGAGAGAAGAGGAGGAGGAGGAAAAGAAGAAGAGGGAGCAGGAGGAGGAGGAAAAGAAGAAGAGGGAGCAGGAGGAGGAGGAAAAGAAGAAGAGGGAGCAGGUGGAGGCGGAAAGGAAACGGCAAGAGGAGGAGAAGGAGAGGAUAAGGAGGAAAACGGAGCAGGAAAGAGGAGAACAGCAGCCGGUGUUGGUGACUCAGCCAUCCUCAAAGCUGACCCCGUAUAGAGCGCUGUACUCCUUUGUGGCCCGAAACGCAGAUGAGCUGAGUAUAGACGCAGACGGCACUAUAGAGGUGGAUGAGCAGACUGUAGGUGAGCCUGGCUGGUUGUGUGGGAGAUUCAAUGGAAAAAGGGGCUGGUUUCCCCAGAGUUACGCAGAGAAGUGCCACACUCCCUCUACCUCCACCACUGAGACUCCAGCUUCUUUACCUGGAAAAAUGUCCUGUCCACCGCCAAUACCACAUAACACAGGAGACCUAGAUGGGAAGGUAGUUGAUGACAGCACUGUUUCUGCCCAAGCAGACACUUCACAGUCCUUCUUCCCUCUGUUGGCUCGAGCCGUUUCCUCCUGGUCAGCCACAUCGGAAACUCACCUCAACCUCUCCUCCGGGGCGGGUGACGUCAUAACCCCAAUGCUGAGCUUCUCCCAGGGUGACAUCAUCAGCGUGCAGCAGCAGAGGGAAGACUGGUGGUUGGGGCAGCUCAAUGGGACACAUGGAUGGUUCCCCAAGAGCUACGUCACUUUGGAGAUGGGUGGCAAUACAGAUGUGGAUCCAUUUGACACAUGUGAUUCUGUUCAACUCGAGGAGUUUGUGGCCUUGUACACGUAUGAGAGCCCAGAGGCUGGGGACCUGACGUUUGUUGAGGGAGAUGUUGUCAUGGUGACAGAGAGAGAGGGAGAGUGGUGGCGUGGAUGCAUCGGGGAUCAUACGGGAGUGUUUCCCUCCAACUAUGUCCGACCUGUAGAACCAGAGGGAACAAAAGCUGGAGCUUCGAUCAAAAAGCCUGCUGUAUCUGUUUGGCCAACAGAGAUCGCCCAGGCAGUCUCCACCACCGUCGCCCCGACGACGCAUCAGCUGCGUCUGUCUCCAGGGCAACUGAUUGUGGUGCUGGCCAAGAACUCCACUGGCUGGUGGCUCGGGGAACUGCAGGCUCGAGGGAAGAAGCGGCAGAGAGGCUGGUUCCAUUCCUCUCACGUCAAGCUCCUCGGGCCCUCCAGCAGCAAGUCCUCUCCCUCCCCUCUGCCUGUGUGCCAAGUUAUUGCAAUGUACGACUACACCGCUGCCAAUCAGGAUGAGCUGAGCUUCUCCAAGGGUCAGCUGAUCAGCGUCCUGGACAAGACCAACCCUGACUGGUGGAAAGGAGACGUCAAUGGGGUCACAGGUCUGCUGCCCACCAAUUAUGUCCAGAUGACAACAGAAUCAGACCCCAGCCAGCAAUGUACAGUAGAUCCCCCAUCCAUGUCAGAGCAUGGAGAGACUGACGGGUGUGCUGACCUGAUGUCGUUGGACACCAUGACCCCUCAGGAGAGGAAGAGGCAGGGUUACAUCCAUGAGCUCAUCCAGACUGAGGAGACCUACGUGGAAGACCUGGAGCUGGUUCUUGAAGUCUUCUACAAACCCAUGUCUGAGUCCGGCCGACUAACUGAAGCUGAGAUGGGAAUAAUCUUUGUUAACUGGAGGGAGCUCAUUAUAUCUAACACCAAGCUACUCAAGGCGCUGCGUGUCCGUAAAAAGACGGAAGGAGACAACAUGCCGGUCCAGCUGAUCGGGGACCUGUUGGCCUCGGAGCUCGUACACAUGCAGGCCUACAUCAGCUUCUGCUCCUGCCAGCUCAACGCAGCCGCCCUGCUGCAGAGCAAAACCCAAGACCAGCAGGACUUUAAAGACUUCCUCAAGAAGAUAGCCACUAACUACCGCUGCAAAGGAAUGCCACUGUCCAGCUUCCUCCUCAAGCCCAUGCAGAGGAUCACACGCUACCCCCUGCUCAUAAAGAACAUCUUGGAGCACACCCCUGAUAAUCAUGCGGACCGCGGCCCACUGAGAGAAGCUCUGGAGGGGGCGGAGGAGCUGUGCUCUCAGGUCAACGAGGGGGUGCGGGAGAAGGAGAACUCUGACAGGCUGGAGUGGACUCAGAGCCACGUGCAGAGUGAGGGGACUAUAGAGCACUUGGUCUUCAACUCGCUGACGAACUGCCUCGGGCCUCGCAAGCUGCUGCACAGUGGCCGACUUUACAAAACCAAAAGCAGCAGGGAGUUGUGGGCUUUCCUCUUCAAUGAUUUCUUCCUCCUCACACAUAGCGCCAAACCCUUCUCUUCCUCGGGACCAGACAGGCUAUUCAGUCUCAAGACCAACAUACAGCUGAAGAUGUACAAAACACCUCUGUUCCUAAAUGAGGUUUUGGUGAAAAUGCCAGCGGACCCCUCGAGCGAUGAGCCACUCUUCCACGUCUCACACAUCGAUCGUGUCUAUACGCUCAAAACUGAGACCCUGAACGAGAGAACAACGUGGGUCCAGAAAAUCAAAGCAGCUUCUGAACAUUUCAUAGAGACGGAGAAGAAGAAGAGAGAGAAAGCUUACCAAGCUCGUUCCCUGAAAAGCAGCGGUAUCGGCCGCCUGCUGGUAACUGUCGCUGAAGCCCAGGAGCUCAAAGCCUGUAAACCCAAUGGUAAGAGCAACCCGUACUGUGAGCUGACGAUGGGGGCUCAGUGCUACACCUCCCGGCCCGCCAGCGACACCCUGAACCCAAAGUGGAACUUCAACUGCCAGUUCUUCAUCAAAGACCUCUACCAGGACAUCCUGUGUAUCACCGUGUUCGAGAAGGACCAGUUCUCACCUGAUGAUUUCCUUGGUCGUACUGAGGUUCCCGUGGCGACUAUAAAGAAAGAGAUGGAGAGCAAAGGUGCCGCAAACCGACGCCUUCUACUGCAUGAAGUCCCAACUGGAGAAGUCUGGGUCAAACUGGACCUGCAGCUUUAUGAGCCGACCAAAUGAGGACAAAACACACAGCCAAAAAACACACACACUGCAGCCACUCACUUUAAAAAGUGCCUAUUUGUAGCAGCACCAGGGUUGCCUUGAAAAACUCUUGAUUUUACGUCACUGCCUUAAGCCACCCACACCCUUUAUCUGAAAGGGAAGUAGACCUGGCCAGAUAUGGAAAAUGACAAACUAAUGACGGGGUAAUGUAUUGUGGAUAAACUGUUUAGGUAACCAGCAAACCAGCUUGUGAAUGUAAUUGGCCACAGUUAAAUUUGCUAAAUGGUUUUAUAACACAUUAUUAAUAAAUGUGUAAAUGUUGCACACUACUGUACAAUGUCUGUACAUCAAAAGUUGAUCCUAAGCAUGCCAUUUGAUCCUGAAAAUGGCAUUAUUAAAAUGUACAGACGCCA